CUCUUGUGAGUGUGUUCGUGUUCUUUGCAGAAAUGGCUACCGGAGUUAAAGACAUACAAUUCAAAGACCUGGAGGUCGAAGAAGUAGAAGUAACUUCGGCCGUUUUGAUGGGAGGUGCGCAUCAUCUUGGGCAGUACUGUGACAAGGACUUCAAGACCUUCAUGGGUUGCCGAUAUGGCCACAAAGACCCACGUAAGUGCUUGGACGAAGGAAAGCAAGCAACGAAAUGUGCCCUAGAUUACUUUAAGAAGCUUAAGGAACAUUGCAACGACGUCUUCACUAAACAUUGGACUUGUCUUGACUACAAUAACCAGGAAUUUGGUUAUUGCCGGGCGACGCAGAAGAAAUUUGAUGCCUGCGUCUUGGAAAAGCUUGGAUUGGAAUGUACACAACCUGUUCAUCUUGAACUUUACGAUUGAUUUGGUUUGUUUUUAAUGAACGGAUAUAUACUCUGAAAGUUGAUUAGCAUGACAUCCUUAGGUCUAAAUUGUGAUGAGCAUGGAAAAAAUCUGACUUGUGAUGGAUUUUAAAAGUGUUUCUGUAAUUACCAACAAGGCGUCUUGGCAAUAUGUAUAAAAUGUACAUUUAAGGAUGCAUCAUUGUGGCUCUAAACUUUUUGCUGGAAAUUUUUGGAAGUUUGGUGAAGGAAUAAAGUUUUGACGGACUGUCUUUCGAAAAAU